UUCAGUUUCACUCUCUCGCUCGCUCGCUCGCCGUGAUUUGACACUUUAAUCUGCUUUGCAUGCCCUUUCUUCCUUCCAUUCACUCAUCUCAUUUCUUUCGAUUUCACCCUCUACCCCACAUACCCAUUUUUUUCUUUUCAAAUUAAAAAAAUAAAAAUAAAAAAAUACUAAAAAGUUUAUAUUUUUAUUUUCUUGGGGUAUUGAGUUUUCUUCUUCAUCUCGAAAAUGUGGUGGGAAAAAGUUGAGGUGAAAACGUUGAACGGAAAAGAAGAUUCUGGUGGAGAUGGGCCAGGGAAGAGGUGGGGUCAUACUUGUAACUCCAUUAAUGGUGGUAGACAUAUCUAUGUUUUUGGUGGUUAUGGUAAAGAUAACUGUCAAACCAACCAAGUUCAUAUCUUUGAUACUGUGAAUCAGACAUGGAGCCAACCUGCAAUAAAAGGCACCCCACCGACCCCGAGGGACAGUCACACUUGCAGUGUCGUUGGUCAUCGACUAUUUGUGUUUGGUGGUACUGAUGGAACAAAUCCACUCAAGGAUUUGCACAUAUUAGACACUUCUUUGCAAACUUGGGAUUCUCCAAUUAUAAGAGGAGAAGGGCCAGAGGCUCGUGAGGGUCAUAGUGCAGCAGUUGUUGGCAAGCGGCUUUAUAUCUUUGGAGGUUGUGGAAAAUCCGCUGAUAAUAACAAUGAGGUCUACUACAAUGAUCUUUACAUACUGAAUACAGAGACACUUGUUUGGAUGCGUCCUACAACAUCAGGCACGCCACCAUCUCCUCGUGAUAGCCACUCAUGCUCGACGUGGAAGAACAGAAUUAUUGUGAUAGGGGGUGAAGACGGGCAUGAUUAUUAUUUGUCUGACGUCCAUAUCUUUGACACUGAUACUCUGAACUGGAGGGAGCUGAGUACAUCAGGCCAAUUGUUGCCACCUCGGGCUGGUCAUUCCACAGUUUCUUUUGGCAAGAACUUGUUUGUUUUUGGUGGAUUUACAGAUGCCCAAAAUCUAUACAACGACCUUUAUACGCUUGAUGUUGAUACUGGUAUUUGGAGAAACAAUACAACUACAACCAAUUGUCCUUCUGCUAGAUUUUCUGUAGCUGGUGACUGUUUAGACCCAUCUAUGGGUGGUGUUCUUGUGUUUAUCGGCGGUUGUAAUAAGAGUCUUGAAGCCCUGGAUGAUAUGUAUUACUUACAUACAGGUAUUUCUAGGGAAAGUGAACUGAGACCAGAGAAAUUAUCUAUGAAGAAGAUACUGAAGCUGAAAUGCCAAGAAGACCAAAAUCUCAUUCCUGGCCAAAAUCAAGAUAUGGGUAGAUAUGGAGUGGGUAAUGAUGCCGGUCAGGUCACGACUAUGAUGAAUUAUAGCCAGCCAAGUAGACCAAAUAUCCCGGCAAAUCAAUCACUGCCUCUACAUGGAAAGAAAACAUUUGAAGCCAAGGUUACUGAAAACAUCUCAGAAGGAUAUACUAUUGAAACUGUUAUUGAUGGAAAGCCUCUUCGUGGAAUUCUGUUUUUAAACAAACAAAACUCUCUUCACUCAUCUGCUCAUGCUUUCAAUAGCAGGAAAAGGACUGCUGGUGAAAUUGAUGGUGUCAUCUCAAAUGGUACACAUUCUAACAAAUUGAAGACUCAUAAAGUGAAUCAAAUGGAAAAUAGACAUUCAGAAUCUCUUUAUCACAGUUCUGAAGCUGUUGUUGCACUUGCAGCAAGGAAUCCAAUGACUGCCAAUGCUUCGGUUAACCACAAGGUUCCUACCAACCCAGGACUAGAAGCUGCUUCUUUGAAUCGAAAUGCUGAAAAAAUUGAAACACCAACCUUGGGGGUAAACUUGAAAAAUGAUAGAGCAAAUGAUGUGACAAACUCUAGAGUUGAAGCCCAAUCAAAUAUGCCGAUUUCCAACUCAGAAGUUUCAAGACUCGAUAAAAAUAGUGAUCCAUCAAACUGCAACACAGAAUUUAUGAAACCCGCCACAGCUGAGAGUGCUGUGAAUUUGUCAAAUCAAGGUGCACUGGUGGAUUCUACAAUACCAAGGACAGGAGAAUGCAGUGAACCAGCAAAAUGAAUUUGAGUUGAGGAGAGAAUGAAGACCUUGUUUGCUUUGCAUUUGUACAUACCUUGUCUUCUGAAGGUGAUCAUAGAGAGGUCAAUCAAUAUAACUGGUGGUAUUGGUAUAGGCUAACAUCGUCAACUGGUCGGAUACACUAUUGUGCUGACGCCUUUUGAUCUGAAUUUUUUAUUGAACAAAAAACCAUGAUUACCUUAGGUGUAGGUAGUGAUAAAAAGUAGUUCUUAGUUUGAAACCAAUAGUUUUCUGUUUAUUAUUUCCAUUCAUGCUGCGUUCUAUCAUUUUUGUAAGAAGCUUGCCUUAAUUUGAUUAUGUUAUCAGGUCACAUAAUGAAACCUUAUUUUAUUUUUUUAA